UAUAAUAAUAACAAAUAAACUUUUUGCACAUAACUAAAGAAAAACAGAAAAUUAAAAAAAAGAAUGCUAAACUCCCUCCUACUCUUAAAUAAAUGUUUUGCAACAAAAAUGUAAGUGGCCCGGGACAACAAUUGUACAAUUGCAUAUAAUAACGUGUCAUUUGAAAAUAAGCAAAAAGAAAAAUUGCACAAGAAAACAAGACAACAUAUAAGACAUCACAGCAACAACAACAAUUACAUUUGAGGCAAAAAACAAAAAGUUUUCAUAUAAUUGCAUGAUAAAACGUUUAACCUUUAAAACAGCUGUUCUGUAAGCUUUUUUUUAUACAUUUCAACUACGUAGUUGCAGUGAAGGUAACGUAGUCAGUCGUACUAUUAUGAUAUGAAACGAACAUGCUCAUGCAGCAGGUGUAAUUUCACUAGAAUUUAAUUUAGCGUGAAGAAAACAAAAAAGUAAAACCGAACAGCAAAAAUAAGAAAAAACAAAAACUGCAGCAACAUAAUGGAAGCAACGCCAAAAGUACAUCGUCAUCGUCAAAGACGUACCGAAUCACGUCAUAGACGCAAUGAACGACAGACAAACAACACAAGUAGUACUUCAGAUAGUAAAUCACCAGCACGUACCAACACAAACACUGACAACAUAUUACAUGCCGAAGAGGGUACAUGCUCGGGUAAUGUUGUGGCUUCAGAUGCUUUAAUAGCAGCUGUGGCAACACGUCUGCUGCAAGAGCACGAACGUCAGACAUCAAAUGAGGAUACAACAGAAACACUGGGCGGUCCAAGCUCUAGUCAAACAUCUCAGUCCCAGCAAACGGUGGUUCUCGUUAACGGACAUGCUCCCCAAGAGAAUGCUGGUGCCGAAAGUCAUACACAUCAUAACCACAGUCACAAUACCGAAACCAAUGAAAACAACGAUCUUACAAAACCCUCAGAAGCAGAUGCUAGUGAAUUGGCCGCUACCGGUCCUCCCGAUGGUCCCAGCAGUAGUCGCAAUUCAUCGGGUGAUGCUAUGAGUUUACGUGAAACUUUACAACAAUUACCUCCCACCAUAACAACGCAUAGACAUAGGCGCACCCUAUCGCCCCACUCUCCCUCACGACGCGUUCACGAAACUGCAGCAGAUGCUUCAUUUGCCCGCGGUAUUUUAGGUUUCAUGGAUCGUGAACUGAAACAAUCCUCACCCACACCUUCGGCCCUAAGUGCCGGCAGUGGUGGUGGUGGUGUGGGACGUAAACAUCAAUCGCUAUCUGAUCCUACAGCUAGUCCAGCCCAAAGAUCAAUACGUUCUCGUAGUUCAUUGGAAAAGAGUCCAAGACGUAAGCGCAGUAAAUCUGAGUCUAGGCGUAGGCGUGAACGUAAGCUAAUAGCGGCGGGCGAAAUGGAGGUAAGACAGGCAAAUGAAACACUCAUGCGUUAUCUGAAGCAGUGUUCGGAAAUGAAUGAUGCUUCGCUGUCGGGUGAGCUGGAAAUCGAUCAGAGUCUGGAGGAGCGAAGAGUACAUCGAAAGACGAAAUCGCAGCGUGAUAAAAGGGGUCAUAUAAUAAGUAAGUAUUUGUAG